UAUAGCUACUGGAGUUAGGGGAGAGCACGACCAGACCAGAGGAAGAGAAGCUCAGUCCCAUGACCAUGAGACUUGAGGUAGAAGGAGAAAGACAUAAACUUUGUGCUUAAAAGCUUUGUAUCAAUAGGGUCCCUUAUGCGUCUGAUGUGUGUGGUGUGAGUUAGUGUUUUGGUUGUUCAAUAGCAAAGGGUAUGAGAAUUUCAAUUGUAUUAGCUCCUUAGUCCUUACUGUAUUAUACAUGAUAGAUUUAUGAGAAGAGGAAAAUAGGAUUUUAGCUUAUCUAGCUGUUAACUAAUUAAGUUGGAAAAUGGAAAAUUUGACUUUCAACUUUUGAAAGAGAACUUAUAAUUCGUUUUGUUUUGCUUAGAAAGUUUUGGUAUAGCACUUGAAAAUACAUGUCUUCAUGUACCAUUGAUGGUUGUAGCAAAAAUACUUUAAAAUAAGAAUAAUUCUUCGCAACUUUUACUUGUUCUAGGACUCCUUGUUACUGCCACAUUUUUAGGGGCAUAAUGAGGUUUCAAUUCUAAUUAAUUUGAGGCUGAUUUCUAUCAUGAAAAGGGACUACUAUAUAUAUAUUGAGUUCUUUAAACCACAAUCCCUAUUUUAAUAUUAACUGUACUUUAGAGUGUGUAUUUUGGAAUUGUAAUUUUGGAAACCGUAUGUUGAGAUGGAAGUAUGUUAAUUGUCCAUUCUUUUUAAUCUUUUGAAUUUCAACCCAGAAAUGAAAUUAAAGAAACCCCUUUUAGGCUAUUGAACUAUUAUGUGGGUUAGUAGCUUUCCAAUCAAUUAUAUUUGCCCUGUCCUUAGAAUCUUAAUAACUGAAAAUGAUUUUGAAAUUUACUUAGGAGAAGUCUCAUGUUGAUUCAAGGUUCUAAUUUUGCUUUCACGUGAAUAUAGUAGGCAGGUGACCAAUUGAUAAAUCAUUUUUGCAAAAUUGGCAUUGGAUUAGAAAAGGAAAAAUUCUUAUGUUUUGUAUUCUAAAUCAUUUGUAUUACCACUUCAAAUUCUUUGAUCCUAGGUGUAAACUUUUAGCAAAUGCAAUUGGUGAAUCAGUAGAUGAUGACAUACAUGAUUAGAAUAUUAAAGAUAGUACUUAGUAGUACAAUGCUUAAUUUAAAAUGGCAGUUUUAUUUCUUCAUUAGUCUUAGUUCUUAAGGUUCUCUUAAAUAUGCUAUAAGUAUAUUAAAUUUUGGACUCUAAAACAUACAUCACGAUCUUUUGGGAAAAUUAAUUCUGAAACUUGUUACCUUGUGUGUUAGGGCACGGCCGAGAGCUCUUUAAGCUCUAGGAAGCCUUGGUUUACUUUGAAAACUCGUAUUUCAAUGGGUUAAAUGUUUAAGGAAUUAUGUAUGAGUAGUUGGUUUUAAAGUUGAUUUACUAAGUCAAAAGCUUUUUGAAGUAUGGAAUACUGUUACUGUUUGGUUGUCAUUAUGACGACUUGUCUUGGUUUCUGUGAUUGAUCCUAAUGGGUUAUAACCAUUAUGGGGAUUAAGUUUAGCAUACGUUCGCUUCGAGUUAAUUGCCUGAAGUUGUAGCUUUAGACUUGGAAAGUAAGUAGCUCAAUUAGUAAUUACGUUAUGUGUACUUAUGAAGGGUACGAAUAACGGAAGCGCUUGGCGACGAAGCCAAAGGACAAAAGGAAGCGAGCUAACACGUGAAAACAAUGAUAUGAUUGGAUUGGAUUUGAGUCGCAGCUUAGUAAGGAAAGCGCCUAAGAACAUGGUGAAUACUAAUCAGCUAGCUGAGAUGAUGGCCACUAUGGCCCAAGCGGUAACAGCGCAUGCAAAUGAUAAUGCGAUGAGGCGUGCUGCUGAGGAGGCACGUGAUCAGCAUCAGCGCCAGAGGGAAGUAACUCUGGACCAAAACAAAGGCCUCAAUGACUUCAGGAGGCAAAACCCACCAAAGUUCUCUGGUGGUACUGACCCAGACAAAGCGGAUCUCUGGAUUCAGGAAAUCAAGAAGAUAUUCGGCGUACUACAAACUGCUGAGGGUGCCAAAGUGGGCAUGGCGACUUAUCUGCUACUCGGGGAUGCUGAGUACUGGUGGAAGGACACCAGAGGAAUUAUGGAAGACAAUCACGAGGAGAUUAGCUGGAACUCAUUCCGGACCGCAUUCUUGGAAAAGUAUUUUCCAACAAGUGCUCGGGAUGAGCGGGAGUCACAAUUUCUGACACUCCGUCAGCGGGGUAUGUCGGUACCGGAAUUUGCUUCAAAGCUGGAAUCUUUGGCGAAGCAUUUUCAAUUCUUUCAUGAUCAUGUGAAUGAGCGCUACAUGUGCAAGCGCUUUGUAAAUGGACUGAGGCCUGAUAUUGAGGACUCAGUGAGGCCGCUGGGAAUCAUGCGAUUCCAGUCGUUGGUUGAGAAAGCCACGGAGGUGGAGCUGAUGAAAAAUAGAAGGAUGAAUAGAGCAGGAAUUGGGGGACCGAUGAGGUCGAGCUCCCAAGACAACAAGGGAAAAGGAAAGUUACAGAUGAAGAAGCCUUAUCAGCGUCCUACGGGGGAAGGGUUUACCCCAGGACCGUUCAGGCCUACGAUUGCUGCUGCGGGAAGAGCAGGAAGCCAAGCUGGGAGCCGUGAGAUGACAUGUUUUAAAUGCGGGGAGGUUGGGCACUACUCCACGAAAUGCCCGAAGGGGAAGCCGAGGUGUUUCAAGUGUGAUCUACCAGGACAUCUGGCCAACAACUGCAAGACACCCAAGGUUGAGCCAUUUGGCAACACCAUAAGGGGAAAGCGCCCUGCUGCUAGAGGAAGAGUUUAUAUGAUGGAUGGUGAAGGAGCUGAGGAGUUAACCAGAGGAGAGCGCAAGAACGAUGGAACUUUUGAGGAAUUUCCUGAGGAGCAACGCUUUGCUUGUGAGGAAGAGUUAGAAGAUAAUCCUGGAGAAUCUGCAGAUGUCUUUGGCGGGCUGAUUCAUGAUGGUUCAUCCUUCGGGAGGAACUAGGGUUGAGAUGCGGGAACUGGAGCGUAUCGCGGUAGCUAGAGGAGGACGGAUGGUGUACAUAGACUAGGUCGUUCUGGAUUCAGAUUCGGGCGACGAUCAUGCUAGCAUGUAGGUUUUAGUGCUGGUGUGAGCUCCUCGAGAUGGGAUUAGUGUAGGAGUAGAGUCUUAGCUCUGAACAUCAUUUGUUUUCUUUGGGGACAGGGUAGUUUCCCACCUAUAGCUUUUUGUGUGGUUCUUUACGAGAAUCACAGAGAGUUGGUUGGACUUAGGAGGUCUUGCUUCAGGCCGAUGGGCCAGCUUAUUCUCAGUUUUGAGGGAUGGUGUUGCGGACACUUGACCUUUCUUGUGGAUUGUACCUUUUGCCUUCGGGCGUUACACUUUUCUUUCCGUCACUGGAGGUUUACUCGUGACGAGGUUACUACUACAGCGGGGGCUGUUUAUAUAUUGUAUAUUAGUUCUGAUUAUUGUUAUUGUUGGAUUUUAUUUAAUUCAGUCUUGUCUUAGUUAUUAUAAAAAAAAAAAAUAUCUACGUUUUUCCGCAUUAAGUUUAUUUUGGUGACUAAAGUGACGCCACUGAAAUCGGGGUGUUACAGACAGGCUUUGACCGGAGGUCUAAGCCAUAGUCAUUUUAGGAUCGAGACCUUCCCGGUGAAUUACUUGGGUUUAUUGGGAUCUUUUUACUUCUAGAGUUUUGGAACAAAAGAGAAACGAAACUUGACUUCAUAAAUGAAAUUCAUAAUGCAUUAACCAAAGAUAGAACAUAUUCAAAUAGUAAUAACAAUUUCUUGGAAAAGACUUAGGAUCUGAAAUAAGUUUGAAAACGGGAAGUGUCGGCGAUCCUAGCGUUGUGACUGGGACAGUCACUGAGUGCGGAUGACACUCCUUGCUCCUUGAGCAUUUGGUUCAGUCUUCAAGAGGAUGAGCUGUUGUGACGAGAAGUCACAGAAUGCGAGCAACAUUCUCUCUAAUCGUUGAUGAGUUGUUUGGCCAUCGAGAUGGUGAGCCAGGGUAACUUGAAAGGUCACUGAGUGCGAGAUGCAUUCUUUUGCUCGUGGAGUAGUUUAGUUGGCCAUCGAGACGAUGAGCCAAAGUGACUAGGAAAGUUACCAAGUGUGACUAGCACUUCCUUGUUUACCUUAGGGUAUUGUAGAGACAAUGUACUCUAGCUAGACACGCGUACCUUGGUGAGGACGUUUCGUUGUUUGGCUAACCAUAUUGCAUUCAUGCAUACAUUUCUUGGAAAGUGUGCUGCUUUCCGAAGGACGAUCUCAGAUCGGACUUCAUCGGAGCGAGAUGCUUCAUAAAAGCGAGAUGCUUUAGCGGAGCGAGAUGCUUCAUAAAAGCGAGAUGCUUUAGCGGAGCGAGAUGCUUGGCUCGUCCCAUCCAUCGAGAUGGUGACAUUUUAUCCGGAUCAUAUUUUAAGCAUGACAUUGCAUUGACACGCCAUGCACCUAACUAUAUUUGUUGAUGUGUUGAAGAUCCAAUUGUCAUUUGUGAUUUGAUGUUGAUAAAUAUGCUAUGUAUAUACCUUAGGGUAGGCAAUACAUAAGUUAUACGGAUAUAUACAACAUAUAUAUAUAUAUAUACCCCAUUUUGUCGCAUGUUGAUUGUAUAUCUAUUGUAUACUGUGAGUUGACCCUCGCGCCUUGGCUUUGUUUGUAUGUUUGUGUUUGGGCGGUCGGCCUGCUGCCAGACAACGAAAGUUGGUGAUAUGAGCAGAUGCUACUCCAUGUGGAAGGACUAUAGAAGACUCGAAGAAUAGAGUCGGGUGUAAGGCUAGAGCCUUUGGGUAGAAUAGCUUACCGUUAUUGGUUUAAGCUUGUAGGAUAAUUUUAUGAUUCGCAUUUGAGGUUUUGGGUAGGUUCCGGUGCAUUGCUUUCCUAUGGUUACCCAGUGUGGAAAUCAUAGGGAGUAUAUCGGAUCUAUGAAGUUAUUGCAUAGUGGGUCCGUUGUUAGAUCUUAUUCUAUUUGUCCUGUCCUUUAUGUUGUGCCUUGGUCAAGGCCAGAUGUAAAUUAUUUACGGUUGGGAGUAUGCAUUACAUGUUUUAGAAAUGCUUCGAAAAGGAAAAAAAAAUACUCACAUUUAUAAAUUCCUUUUUGGAAAAGAUUGCAUAUUUACUUUAACAUGUUACUACCGUGGCACCCGAAAAUCGGGGUGUUACAGGCUUGGCCUAGUUAAGUACGCUCACCCUUAUACGAGGAGGCUUUUUGGAUAAGAAGCUUAUCCCACACGUCGCCCCGGGUAGCAAUGAUUGCGCCGGACUUUCCGGAGCGAUCCCCAGACAUCAAGCUCAUGUUGGGACCGCCACUUAGGAAUUCUCCUUAAAAGUAUUUGCAGGACUUCUCCUUGCAAAGUAUUAAGCAGGACUUCUCCUUGAACAAUCGCUUACAAGAUUGUAUACUUCUUCUACAAGGUUCUCUUCUUCUAAGAGUGAUGGUAGAAACAUUUCAGUCCAUGAAUCAUAAAGUAUUGAGGAUAGGAUAUGACCAUAAGAGUAUACUUUAUGUUCCAUUACAUCAGAGAUUACGUAAUUGAAAGUAUUUAGAAUUCUCUCAUUCUGAAGUAGACGAUGUAGAUGAUCUUCUCUAAUUUUUUAGCAAAAAGCUGGCUUGCGAUGUCUAUAGAUCUUUCCAUUUAUACUUCUGAAUCAUUUGUGAUAUGAAAGAUAGUCGUUGGAGCGUGUGCUUCACAGAGCUUCUAUCCAUUGGAUCAAACGGUACUUUGUGUACUCGUGUUGGAUACAUUAAAUGCAUAUUACUGUUUUAUGAGUACCUUUUGCCGAAAAGAUGUAGUAUGUCAUCUAGUAGGUAGCUAGCUUAGGUCUGAACUUCUAUCCGUUGGUGUGAAGAUAUGGUAAAUUGAUAGUGACAUCAAUGUUCUUUCACUUCGUGUAAUGGACCAUGUCAGAUCAUAUAAUCUUAUCUUUUAAGAUUUCUUCCAGAAUUUACUCUAAGAUCCUUUCCAAUAUCCAAUAUGAGCGUAAAGUUCAUUCUUUAGACACUAUAACUUUAUUUACAUAAUAGACGUCUUUCUUUCAGACAAUCAUUCUGCUUCAAUUGUUCGUCUUUCCUUCUUUCUACUGGUCAUUUGGAACUAGACGAUAACCUUUGACCAAUCACUUGUAACUUCUUCUUUGAAAAUGGAUUUGUCCAGAUGAAGCGUUGCUUGUCUAAGGUAGAUCACAGUAGGCGUAGAUGACAAGCUUUAUUCCAUUCCUUGUAUGAGAUAAAGAGGAAACUUGAUUUUGACAACAUUGUACUUGUUUCCUUGAUCAACGUGUUUUCUAGAGUAUCACGUGAUUCUUGAUACUUGACUUUCUCCUCAAGAGUGUCAGAGAGAUUUCUAAACUGAAAAUGACGCUCUUUCUUUAGACAUUGCUUCCAUUGGUCAGCUUUGAGAUAGACGAUGAAUUUCUUCAUUGAGUGUAGUCUUCUCUUCUGGCAAAAAAUCUAGCAAAUUUGACUUUUUGAUGAUGACAAUUUUAAAGAGAAAACAGGGAUAUAAUCAAUUUGUGAAAAGAUUUAGAAUACCCCCUCCCCUGAGUUUUCUACUUAUAUGCUCCCCCUAUCGUUUGCACAUUAAGAACGCCUUUUUUCAAAAGAGAGGUUAAUAAACUAUAAACUAAUUUUUAUAAACUUUCCACUUGAAUUUUUUAUAUGAAAAUGAAAACUUUCCACUUGAAUUUUUCAAAGCACUUUUCAUAUAAACUAUAAACUAAUUUUAUAAAAACACUUUUAUUUUUUAUUUUCCAGGACUUUUCAAAAUCCAUUAACUUUUUCUCUUACUCUCCCCCUUUGUCAUUAUUAAAAAACAUCGCACAUUCCAAACAGUAAAAAGCAGUAACGAUGACAUGACAAACAAUAAUCUUAAACGAUAAGGAUGCGUAUCAGCCAAAAACAUGGCAGCCAAGUCAAUUUUUUAGAUAAUGAAAUUAAACUAGGGUGUGGAUAGAAUUUAAGGAGUUAAUGGAUUGAGAGAGAUGAGUUCAGCCAAGCUUCAUCAGAAUUAGCUCCGGAGUCGCUGAGAUGGUGGACAGCCUCUGAUCCACAUAAUCCUUAUGUUCUAUAAGAGCUUGAAUGAGGUGAGGUGCAGGAUGGGCAGCAACGUUGUUGUUUGGCUCCACAUGUGUAACUCCCAAAUUUCUCAACCGGGGUCACAUUAGUAACCCAACAAGUCUAGGGACUAACUCGGGAUUUUAUUUUCAAAACGUGAUAUAGAUUUUGAAAAAUAGGCCCAUCAUCACCCAACCGAGAUGUUCCCAGAUAAGCUGGCCCGACACAGUGCCUGAUUAAAAGCCUUUUUUUUCUUAGACGGAACAGCCCAAGUUCUUACUUGAAUUCAAAUGAACUUAUCCUUUAGCCAUCGCUUGAUAAAACAAUUCAAUUUUAAUAUUUUCAAAUACAUUGUAAUAAAUAUAAUACCCAAUAAAUAGCGCGUAAUAUUAACCAAGAUUAAAUUAAUAGAUAACGUCAAAUUUCAAAAUAAUAUUUAAGCCAACUUUGAAAAUCACAAGUCAACUUCAUAAAGUUCUAAGAAAUUCAAGGUCUCCAUCUUCACCGUCUCAAGCUUCUCGUCGCCCAACCGUAUAACCAGGUCGCAAUCCAUAGACUCUGAGCAAGUCAAACUUUGCCACUCGAGUGCCCAUGUCCUAAUAGCGUAAAGCGCUCAAAUAGCAAUUACCAAACAGAAAGGGUUAACUUCGAAAACAAUGACAACAACAAGAAGAUAACCGAAUUUUAUAUCAUGCAUAAGUUCAAAAUUCAAAUAGAUAACCACAAUAAAAACAAACUAAAAACCAACAACCCUAUCUCCAAAUUUUGAAAUAAAACAAGAUAGCAACAUAACACUUAAAAUUAAAUAGAUGACAGCAUACAACAAUACCCAAGAUAAGGUCUAUCCCCUUAAUUAAAAUACCAAUAAGAUUAAGGUAUAUCCCCUUAAUCAAACAACCAACAACAAGAUUAAGGUCUAUCCCCUUAAUCAAACAAAUAACCCGCAAGUUAAUUCCAUGAAUUUUUCAAUAAGUUAAUUCCAUAGAAUUUUCAAUAAACAAGAUAUUCCUUCCAAUAGACAAUUCAACAAAAGUAAGCAUGUUAUUAACACAAGAAGCAACAAUAUAUCAAGACAAGUAAUCAAAUCAACAAUACAACGCCUUGAACACCUUCACUUCACGAAUCAUGCAAGAAAAGGAAAAACACACAGACGCACGCACUAGACAGAAGUUACCCUUACCUCCUUAAGUAAUAGUUCAUACGAUGGAACCUAGACAAAAUAGAACAACAUCCAUCAUCAAUAAGUGUUCAAAAACAAGAAAACUAUCCCCUCUUAACCCUUCUAAAACUCGCGGCCCGAAGAAGAAGAAGAUGAGAACAUGUUGUUUUUGAAAUCGUUUUGUUUUCCUCAAAAAGAGAAGAACCUUAAUCCCAACAUGACAAAAAGGGGUUUUCAAAGCUUGGAUUCUCUUUUAAAAAUUAUGAAUUAAAAGAAAAGAAAGAUUAUAAUCCCCAAAGGUUUUCCAAAAAAAGUUUAAGAGAAGAGACAUAUCUCGUAGUAUAAUGAAAAGAAGAAGUUUUGACGAUAAACGAACCUCGACGAACGAAUGAAGAAAAAUCACAGUUGAUCAACCAAGGGAGGAGAAGAGCUUCGGCCAAAAGAGAGUAAGGGCACUUGAUUUUGAUGCUCUAAAGUGUGUUUUUCAGGUGAGGGAGGCAGUUUCUUGGGGUUUUGGGUUUUCUGCUUACCGUAGAGUCCUAUUUAUAAGAAAGACUAUUUCUCUAGCCCUAGGCCACCAAAAUUUCGGCCAUAACCACCAAAUAAGGGAGGAAAUAUUUUGAAUUCAACCCCUUUUGCUUCUUCCCCAAGUCAUGUGAUGACCCUGUUUUGUCCUAGAUUUUAGGGUCAUUUUCGUAUUAGUUUUGAGUCUUUUUCUUUGUCUCAUGUAGUGUUUCAUGCAUUUAUACUUUUAUUUGUGUUUUUUCAUUAGUUUAGUAAUUUGAUGGUUUUGUAGGGACUUUUAUUACAUUUUAAGUAAGUUGAAGGAUCUUGUAAAGUUUCCACUUAUGUUGAGGGCCUUUGAGCUAAUAACCUUUUGAGUUCCUUGAUAUUUUUCCAAGCUUUAUUUCCAAGUAAUAAGGUCUAGAACUGCUGAAGAUGGAAGAUCAAGGAGCUUGAAGACUUGAAAGAGGCAUUAAAGUGGAGUUAAGAUGGAGUUCAAGGGUUUUCCAAGCGCACAAGUGGCGCUCGAGUGCCCCUGUCUGGCGCCUGAGCGCCAAUUCAGCAGUAACUUUGAGCUUCCAGAUCUGUUACUGGCGCUCGAGCGUCCCUGUCUGGCGCCUGAGCGCCAAUAGGGCGCUAAAGCUUCUGUUUGGACUGAAGUAAUUGGCGCUCAGGCAUGCUUUUCUAGCGCAUGAGUGCCCAGAUUCGAUAGAUUUGCCUAUAAAUAGGUUUUUCUGUUUUCUUUGAAGUCUCUUUCAUCACUUUUACAUUUUUCAUAAGUUUAGAAAUAAGGUUUAGCCUCUGGAGCUUGGGGAGCCACUCUUAGUCCUUUUGUUCCAGGAUUUACUUUACUUUGUUGUAUGGAUCUCUUAGCCAUCAGUGGCUAAAUCCCUUUUUUCUUUGGGUUCUUUGUAAGACUUCAGAUGUUUUAGUUGUAAUUCCUAUUUCUAUUCAUGUUGAUUCUGAGUAAACCCUUAAAUCUCAUAUCUAUGCUUUCUCUUUUAAGCUUGAACGCAUCCUAACUUUAUGCUUUUCUAUAAUUGGAAUGGAAGUUUGUUAUAGAUUAGAGAAUUGUUGUGGGAUUACCCCUUCUAUGCUUGCUACCAGGAAUAGAGGAAGGGUUGAGGUUUGUUGGCCUGAAAUUGCAUG